UUUUAAAAGCACACGACCAUAGUCGGACGGUGUAGAGUUUGAAGUUUGUCGAGGUUGACAAUAGUCGAAUUCAAUUUAUCCGAUAAAAAUCGUACAAUAUGACUGCUAAUAUUUUGAACAUUGUUUGCGGUCUUGUGUGCGUUGUCAUCGUGUGUGUAAAUGCAGCUCCUUCAGCGAAAUUGCCUAAAGGUUUUAUACUAUGCAAAAAAAGUGAUCCUAAAUUUGAUGAAUGUAUAAAGACGGGAAUUCAAAGUGCUGUGCCUCAUUUAGCAAAAGGCGUUCCAAGUAUGGGAAUCAACAAAAUGGAUCCGCUGCGAAUCUCUACAUUGUUAAUCGACCAAGGCAAGGGACCAGUUAGUAUUAAACUGGAUUUUAAAGAUUUAGAUAUCAGUAACCUUAAAUCCAUUAUUAUUGACAAAAUUCACUAUAAUGCAGAAACCUAUAGUUUGGAUGUUGAGUUACAUCCCGAAAAAUCCAUAAUUUUGGAUGGAGAUUAUGAAAUAACUGGAAAAGUAUUAAUUCUUCCAAUUGUAGGAAAGGGAAAAUGUAAAAUUGUCAUAGAUGUAUCAAAACUUGUUGGCACUGUUCAAAUGAAACCAGUCGUAAAGAACGGAAACAAAUACCUAGAAAUUGUAAACAUAGCAUGGAAAUUCACACCUACGAAUAUGAAAAUUAAAUUAGACAAUUUGUUUAAUGGAGAUAAAGCUUUAGGAGAUAACAUGAACUUAUUCCUAAACGAGAAUUGGCGUGAACUUUUAAACGAACUGCAACCGGCUAUCGAAGAGGUUUUUGGCAAGGCCUUCGGACAAAUUGCUCAGAGCUUUUUAUCUCGUUUUCCGGAAAAUCAAGUGAUCCUAGAUCAUUCACAUAUUCAAGCAACCGGAUUCAGUUUCACUAAGUCAAUCUUGCAAACCUGCAGAUCAAAAUCAUACAAUAUGAACGCUUUUAUCGUAAAGUUUGUUUGUUGUCUUGUGUACAUUUUCGUUGAAACCAGCCACGCUGCACCUCCGACAAAACUGCCAAAAGGUUUUAUACAAUGCAAAUUAAGUGAUCCAGCUUUAAACGAAUGUAUCAGAGAUGCGCUUCAACGGGCCACUCCUUAUUUGGCAAAAGGUAUUCCGAGUCUUGGAUUACUCCCAACGGAUCCAUUGCGAAUCAAUUCAUUAGGAAUAGAUCAGGGUAUAGGGGCUGUGAAUCUGAAGUUUAGGGAUCUAGAUAUUUUAAACAUGAAAUCAACGAUUAUCAAGAACUUGACAUAUGAUCCAAAGAACUAUACUUUGAAUGUCGCUCUAGUAGUCCAAAAACCAAUUGUGCUGGAGGGUCAAUAUGAAACAAAUGGUAGAGUAAUAAUUUUGCCAAUUAAUGGCAAUGGAACAUGUAGAUUUGCUUUAGACAAUUACAAAUCUUUUAGUGUUAUUAAAAUGAAGCCAGUACUCAUAAAUGGUAAUACACAUUUAGAAAUUAAAAGUUUAGAUUGGAAGUUUACUACUUCAAAAAUGCAUUUAAAAAUGAAUAAUUUAUUUAAUGGAGACAAACUUCUAGGUGACAACAUGAACCUAUUUUUAAAUGAGAAUUGGAUGGAACUGUUAAAAGAAAUGCAGCCAGCUUUUGAAAAAGCUUUGAGUUCUGCUUUUAUUUCAAUCGCACAAGAAUUCUUUAAUAGGAUACCAUUAAAUCAAAUUUUUAUAGAUUAAAUACAAUUUGAAUACACAUCAUAUUAUUUUUGUAUAGACAAUUAUUUUGAAAUAAUUGGUUGUUAUAUUUUAAACUGCAAUAUUCUAGAUUUAAAAAUAAGUUAAGGAAUUCGUGUGUUAUUUAAUUUAUAAUGCUAAGUAUAACUUUAUAUUUUUUUAAAUAAUUGUUGGUGUAUCUCAAUAAGUAAUAACAUAAUCGUAGUGUUGUAUUUAUUGUACAUACAUAUUUAUUAUUUAUAUAUUGAAUCAACUAGUAAUUUUUAAGUAAGUAAAAAUUGUUGUCCGUUAAUGAUAUUAAUGAAACAAUAUAAAUAUAUUUAACGAUUCAAUAA